AUUAAUAAGUUUUUAUUUGAUACCUUGGAAAGGUUUUGAGACCUUUCUAUUUCCGUCUUCAAAUUCACUCUCCUUUUGCCUCCUUUACUCUCUAAAGGCUAGCCUUUACACGAGAGAAAUUCGGGAUUCUUUAGACAGAUCUUCCUUCUCUCUCAGGUCUAGCAUCUUCCUUCUCUCUCAGGUCUAGCAUCUCAAUUUGUCAUCUUCAAGUUUUGUAUUUCUCUCUCGUUCUGCUUUAAGUUUUUAAGUUGUCACUGUGUUGUCUCCUUCGCUGAGAAACCAGGGUACUUUUCUCCUAAAGGCAUUCUAAGUAUAUGCUUUGCAAAAUCUCUGUUUGUAGGGCAUAGCUAUAACUCCAUCCACAUGAUACAUGUGUUAUCUCAGACUAUAGAUUGCCGGUGAUCGAUUUCAGUUUUAAUCUAGAAUAAAAGAAACAGAAAUUCCUUGACUCUACGAUAAAGAUACCAAUACUGCAACGAUGACUAUUUUGUCGUAAGCACGUAAUUCAGCAUGGCAAAAAGGUUUAAGCAUUGCAUGCAACCUCUUGUUUUGCUAGCUGCCAAUACUACCAUUGUCCCAUGCCUACCAGAGAAGCAACCUACAAAACAAGAAAAAAGAUCGGACAAAUAUUCUUUCUUCCUUCAUCCUAUCAUUCAAGAAAAGAACUUUGCAAGGUAGACAUUCUUCUGUCUUCUCCUUGAAAAAUGCUAUUUAUGGGUUGCAUCCAUCUCAUAACUUCACAGUUACAAGAUCGCCUAAUCGUUUCAAUCUUCUCCUUGAAAAAUGCUAUUUAUGGGUUGCAUCCAUCUCAUAACUUCACAGUUACAAGAUCGCCUAAUCGUUUCAAGCUCUCUAAUCUUCCUCAUAGCCACAUUCUUGCAGUGGACAAUACUUUGAACUUUAAUUUUUCAGCGAACAGUGUUGAAAUGCAAGGACUUGUCCAGGGAGUAAGAUCUUGCCAGGAAACCCUCAGAGUGGCAAUUCUAAGGCAUCCUCAUCUAAGAGACAUAAUUGAGAGGAGAAAGAUAUUAUCACAUUCUGGAUGUGUGACCUCCUCUCCUCCAGUGGGAGAGAAAGGACUAGAGAAUUUAACAGUGGCAGAUGUACUGGUGACGAAGGGAGAAGAAAAGGUUGGCUCUUGGCUCUGGUGCCGCACCACUGACACCGUUUAUGAUGCUGUGAAGAAUAUGGCGCAGAAUAAUAUUGGGUCACUGGUAGUCUUAGGAGAACGAGAGCUUAUCGCAGGAAUUAUCACAGAGAGAGACUAUCUGAGGAAGAUAAUAGCACAAGGGAGAUCAUCUAAGUACACAAGAGUUGGGGAAAUUAUGACAGAUGAGAACAAGUUAAUAACUGUGGCAUCUGACACAAACAUUCUACAAGCAAUGAAGCUAAUGACAGACAAUCACAUUCGACAUGUUCCUGUCAUAGAUGGAAAGAUAGCUGGGAUGGUUUACAUGGUAGAUGUGGUUCGAGCUGUGGUAGAGCAGCAGGGUAGAGAAUUGAAGCGGCUGAACGAGUUCAUUAAAGGAGAAUUCUAAUAGAAUCUAACAAUAUCAAUGUAUGAAAGCUUCCUGCUUGUAGGGAUAACAUGUCUUCAGAAUCUUCUCGCAUCAAGAUCUCUUUAAAUCUCACAUUGAAGAAAAGAAAAACUUGGAUCCAGAAACUGUCAGGCAUGAAUGGUGGGAUUGCGCGUGUGCAUGAUUGCUGUGUGAGCAUAACCUCAACUCGUAAGAUCAGUCAAAGAAAAACAUAGGGUACGAAGAUGUCUAUGGGUAUGCCUCCAGUCUUGUGUGGAUAAUAAUGUGUUAGAGCGCAAGGCAAUCCAGCAUCUGACAGAGAAAUAUCAUAGCGCAUGUAAAGCAACCGUUUAGCUAAUACAAAAUGAACCAACCUGCUUCUUUCAAUUAA